GCUAAUAUGAACUUAAAGGACCGUAACAGAAACUGUGGUGGAGGAAAAUGAGGGAAAUAAGCCGAAAGGUCUUUGUUGUGAUGGUGCAUUUCUUCACGCUCUCUGGGGCUCGUCAUCAGGACAGCCUCCACAGGUCGCCGGAGGAUGCGCUGGAGCACACUCGGGGUCGUGGGCAGCCGGGGCUCUGCAGCUACGGUCAGACUACUUCCUGUUGUUUGGGAUGGAGGAAUGUUAACGGCAUUUGUCAGCCGGUGUGCGGGAAGUCAUGUGUGAAUGGAAAGUGCGUGCGACCAGACAAGUGUUCAUGCUCCACGGGGUAUAAAGGGCCGCGGUGUGAUGAAGAUGUGAACGAGUGCGGUUUCCUGGAGAGGCCAUGUUCCCAGCGCUGCAUGAAUACACACGGUAGCUAUCGCUGUUACUGUGAACCUGGAUACACACUCGACGCAGAUGGAUACACCUGCACCAGAGAAGCCGCAUGUUUCUCCCUGCGCUGCCAGUUUGGAUGCCAGAUGGAGAGAGGGGGAGCGGUGCGCUGUCUGUGUCCCCCCGGCCUCCACCUGGCCGCUGACAACAAGACCUGUGAAGAUGUCGAUGAGUGUCAGCGUGAUGCUGAUGUGUGUCCGCCGCGGCAGACCUGCAAGAACACUUUCGGCAGCUUCGUCUGCGUGUGCCGAGACGGGUUUGUGAUCGGGACGCUGCAGGGCUCGGUGCAAUGUCGAGAUAAGGACGAAUGUUUAACUGGGGCUCACCGGUGCAGCCGCCGUGCUCAGUGUGUCAACACAGAUGGUUCCUACACCUGUCAGUGUUUGGAGGACUACUUCGGCAACGGACGCACCUGCUGGCCCAGGAGAGCCCCACAGUCCAAGGCUGUCAUGUACUUCAACUACAAACUCUCCAAAAGGACGAAGCCUGGGAAACCUUCAUCUUAGAGUCAAAUGAAAAGAGACGCGCAACACUACAGGGUAACAUGGGAGGCGUUCAGGUUAACAAAAUGGUUAACAGCAACUCUCAGAACGUAAUGUCAAGUUGUUGAGUAAUAAUCAUUUUCAACACAACUGGACACCUUUUUCUUUUAAAGGCUGUCAUUUCUCUUCCCAGCCACCAAAGCAAAAAACCUGGAAUACCCCCAGCACCAUUAGUGGCCGUUUGAUGUCUGUUGAAGGAACCCUUCAUUUAACAAAUGCGCUGCGACAGGACCACACUCUGAACUUUGCUUGUGUGCUUCAGCCCAAAUGGACUGUGAUGACAGGAGGGUUUUCCUUGUGCUGGCAUCACCGCUGUCACAGAACCGCCGCCCCCUGUUAUUGCGCGUGUGAUCGGCUUUGUCCUGCAAAAUGCUUCGCCAAAGUCCAAAUAUCGCUUAUGGAUCGCUGGUAAUUUAUCAAAUGUACCCUUAAGUGUGAGUUUUCAUCAUGAAAAAGAGCAGUUUUGUGAGACCCGAUCAGAAUUUGUUAAUAAAAGGCUGACCUCUGGUGGAUGGAUGAGGGAAGAUGCUGUAUCUCUGCUGCCUUUGCAAUAAAGUCUGAAGAAUGU